AACAUCUCAUCUUCCCUAUCGUAGAUUCCAGUUCUGGGUGACGCCGGUGCCGGUGAAGGGCCCCCGGAGCUGUUUAACAACUUCAAGUUUUGGCUUUCGGCAAGAAAAUGGAUGGUAAUAUUUGUUCAACUUGUCAAAUUAUGUGGGUGCGAGCCUCCACGUAUACGGCAAAUCAGACUCAAUUUGCGUUGAUUUCAUGGGAGCUUUGCAUAUAUAUUGAUGAGCGCUUAGUCGCUAGUAGAAAUCACAAAAUCUGUGGUUGUCUUGACCUUUCACGCCUACAGCCAUGUCCAAGAAAAAACUGUCGGGCACCCUUCUCUCUCAUGCGUCUGACGUGACGAAGGCCAACCAACUGGUAAAAUUUAACAAAGACAUCCCCCAGUCUAAAUUGUGGAGCAUUUUGUACACCCUGAUAGCGGUCAACAACUGGUCAAUCAGGCAUCCAUAUGUAGCAGCCAUCGCCUUGAUAUGCAUCUCUGCAUUUGCAGAUCCUGAGGUCCUCCUGACAUCGACGGGAAAUACUGCGAAGUACAUGUGUUUCGUCCCGGUGCGGUUGUCUAUCUGGUUCUUUGGCUUCAAGGGUCGAGGAGUAGAGAAAGGUUCACAUGCAUCCAAAUAUCAGGCCCGUCACUAUGGUGGCAGUAUACCACGGAACUCUACAUUCGCGAAACUCCAGGCACGUGGAGCCACCAUGCCGUCAACCGCAUCGAUUCUUGUCUCCUUGUGGUUGUAUAUUGGAGCUGUGAUCGUCUUGGUCAGGGAGUGGGGGUGGUGGUUCUAAUGAGGCGACUGGUAUUUUUAUAUCGGAUGGAGGGGGUUGAAAUGAGACUACCUUGUAUAGGUAGAUCAUUGUUAAAGGAAUGACAGUUCUAGAUUAAUUUCGUCG